AUGUGUAUUUCAAACAAAAGGUUUAACUCCAUGUCUACCAAAAUAACAAACAGUGUAAUUGAAAGGUAUGCACCUGAAGGAGUUACAUGUCCAUUUAAACUCAGAGGGACACUAUUGACAACUACAGCAGUUGCUAACAUUGAUCACAAUCUGAGUUCCACUACCUCUCAGGGCUCGCUUCGUCCGUGCCUCCUUGAAGGAGAUGGAAACCUGAUUGCAAUCUAUACCAGGGAUAUCAUGGAUGAUAUGGUGGUCAAAACUGUUCACAAUGUUACAAAAAUUGGUAAGGAACAGUUUAACUCAUUUGUCAAUGAGUGGUUCAUCAAGAGAAGCAAGCCUGUUAUACAACCUCUCAAGAAGAAUGAUCUUCCCACUUUCAUGUCAACCAACAAGGAGACCAUUUCAAAAGACAAGGCAAAAGUGGAAGUUUUGAAAGAGGAUAGUGCUUUAUGUUUGUGGCUAUGCAUAGCGUGUCAAAUUCAUGAUGGAAACUUGGAAGAUUUCUUUAAGUAUGAGAACCAACUACAGCUGCCAUCACUUUUGCAGUUUGGCCAGCUUUGA